GGAGACGCACGGGGACGCACUGUGCCAGCGCAGAGCCUUGUCGGUGUGCACCCGUGUUCAUCUGUCAUAAAAACUCAGUGUAGAAACACGCCGGAUGGUUUGUGUUUGUUAUAUAUAAUAAACAUGCCAGGGGACUCGGGACACGACAUUACGAUGGUGACGUGCACAGCACCGGUAAACAUCGCAGUCAUAAAGUACUGGGGUAAGAGGGACGAAGAUUUAAUUUUGCCUAUCAAUUCAUCCUUGAGCGUCACACUGCAUCAGGAUCAGUUAAAGUCGACGACCACAGUUGCCUGCAGCCCACGUUUCAAAGAGGACCGUAUCUGGCUCAAUGGCAAAGAGGAGAACAUCAACCAGCCUCGAUUGCAGUCCUGUCUCCGAGAAAUUCGACGACUUGUUCGGAAGAGACACAUCGAUGGGAACGUUAGCUCAAGUGCUCUCAGCUCGCAUCACAAAGUCCACAUCUGCUCCGUGAACAACUUCCCCACAGCAGCCGGCCUUGCCUCCUCCGCCGCUGGCUACGCCUGCCUGGUGUAUGCGCUGGCGCGGCUGCUGGGCGCCGAGGGCGAGCUGUCGGAGGUGGCGCGCCAGGGCUCGGGCAGUGCCUGCCGCAGCAUGUACGGCGGCUUCGUGCAGUGGCGAAUGGGGACGCAGCCCGACGGCACGGACAGCGUGGCACAGCAGGUGGAGCCCGAGUCCCAUUGGCCGGAGCUCAGAGUCCUCAUCCUGGUGGUCAGCGCAGAGAGAAAGCCAGUUGGGAGCACCGCUGGCAUGGAGACCAGCGUGGGAACUAGCAGCCUCUUAAAGGGUAUCAGCCACGUGAUAAGCCAGCAGACCGGACCCACUGCCUCCCCACAGCACCGUGCAGAGAGUGUGGUCCCGCAGAGGAUGGAGGAGAUGGUCCGCGCCAUCCAGCAGAAGGACUUUGCAGCCUUUGGCGAGCUCACCAUGAAGGACAGCAACCAGUUCCAUGCCACCUGUCUGGACACCUACCCGCCCAUUUUCUAUCUCAAUGACGUGUCACGGCGCAUAAUCAGCAUGGUGCACCGCUACAACCAGCACUGCGGGGAGACCCGGGUGGCGUACACGUUCGAUGCAGGCCCCAAUGCGGUGAUCUAUACACUGCAGCAGCACGUCCCAGAGUUUGUGGAGCUGCUCAAGUACUUUUUCCCGACGGAGACCAAUGGAGAGUUCCUGAAGGGGCUUCCUGUGAGCUCUGUUACGCUGCCUGAGGACCUCACAAAGGCUAUUGGAAUGGAGCCGCUUCCCGGAGGAAUCGGCUACAUCAUCAGCACCAAGGUCGGCCCAGGUCCUCAGGUACAGGAAGACCCUAGCCUUCAUUUGCUGGGACCUGGCGGGAUGCUCAAGGUGGAUGCGUGACCAAGGAUCAGCCCCCAACAGCUCAGAGACCUCCAGAAAUACAAAACCUGGAUAUCAGGGAACAUUCUGCAGGGAGAAAUUGCAGUUACCAUUCACAUAAACAUUAAACAAUUAAACAAUGCUCAAAUUUUUCAGUCCUGUUUGUAUGAAAAAAACUUCUGUGUGAGAUAAUCUGAAAUCAGUUGUAAUUAACCUCUGAAAUGUAUGCUUGUACAGAUGGGUUUGCAAACAUUUUAAUACAAUUUGUUCUUCAUCUA